AUGGAUCACGCUGAAUAUGCAAAUCGGUGGAACUUAGCAAAGGAGCUACACAUAAAAUUCCUCGGGCCAGUGCAACCUAGUCAAUGGCCCAGCACUCAUGAAAGGCUGUUCUCGGAUGUGCAGAAACUGGGCAAGCGGACAUUCCACUGGUUCACUGAGAGUAUCACUAUAGACACCCUUGAAAAGCCAUGGAGAAAUGCCAUUCGAAAUCGUGCCAUGCGUCUCUCGAAGCUAGCUGAGGAGAGUAAGCGUAUCCGACGAAAUGAAGACUCGUGGAGAUUUACCAUCGAGAAUGAGGUCAUGCAUCGUUUUACAGUAGAGGUCGCUUGUACUCAAUGCCGCAAACGACUUUGGGAGUCGGAAAUCCCUGCAACAACGGACAGUAUCAAUUGGCAGGCGGACUCACUCGAAGCUCGACGUCGCAAGCGCAAGCCUUGCCGAUGUCCUAGAGUUUGGGGACAAAAUUAUGAUGAUGGGGGCAUCAAUAUGCUCUUUUCGGACCGGGUUAAAGCAACAAUAAAGCAUUACCCAGCAUUAGAAGUUGCUGCUCAACCUGGAAGGUUGAAAAAGUAUGAAGCCCCCGAUCGUGUUUAUGGGCUCAAACAGACUGAUAACUUCAAAAUACUUCUGGAUUCCACUGAUCGUCGUAGCUUGGUGGCUUCUACCAGACGGUCCCUACGUGAAUCAAUAGAAUAUACUCCAUUUGGCCCGGAGGGUGAGCCAUUGCUAUACCCGUUCCUGAUCAUGGAGGCAAAGACGAGCAAUGGCGCAAGUCGAGCAGAAGUGGACAUGCAAACAGCUUUCUGCAUCAAACGACUCUUAAAGCUGCAACAUGACUUACGAGCAGCGACAGGAGAUGACACGCAGUGGCCUACGGGAACGACCGAGACCCAGCAGGGGGGCGAUAUGAACUCAGAGAUACACUAUAAUAUUGUCGAUUUGUGGAAUGGCAACAUCUCCUACCUAGAUGAUUCUUUGCAGCUGCUGUUGAUUGUUGACUAUAUAUUUGAUUGGGCUCGCGAUAUCUAUCGUCCGGCAAUAUUGGGCGAAUUGGAUGUUUUGGCGACAGGAGAUAUCACGGCAACUGAUCCGGGUGUCUUCUCAACAAUGUCUAGCAGGAUAGCCAGCUGGAUGAACGCGUCAACUGAGGGACAAACAACACAGGUCUCAACAUUUGGCGAGCCUCCAGAUCUGAAUUACUUGAAAGUCGUAUCUCAGGAAGGCGUGAUUCGAGAUGCCCAUAUCAUCGAAUCACGGUAUGUUGGCCUCAGAAUCACUGAAGAUGACGUCGAUACGUUUUUGCUCUCGUUUCCAUGCGCCAAGACUGCAGAAAUCUGGCUUUUUGAUAUACUGAAAUGUCUUUCUGGGUCAUGGAGAGUAGAUGCAGAAACGAUUGAUGCAUUGGAAAGCUUUUGGACUGCUGAGCCUAGACCAACUCGGGAUAAAUUUCGGCGUGAGGAAAUCUUUCAUCUCAAUAUCGCCAUUCACAUGUUCGUGUCUGAACUAUGGGAGCCAAUUCGACAGAUCACGUGCUUUUCAAUUACCGAGAGCGCAUUGCAUGUUAUCUUUUCUAGACUUGGACACGUCCAACAUCCCGAUUUCACCCAACAUCCGGAAGUCGAUCCCACAAGAUUGGACAACGAGAGCCACAAGAUUCGUAUCUGCGAAUAUCACGUCUUCAAUGCCUGCAAUCCAUCGAGCAACGGGGAGAAGAGGUCCAAAUGUGGCCCCAACUUCCUUCCCUGA